GGAUCCCGUUUGUUGUGGUUUUUUUUUUUUGUAUCGCUCGAUGGCGGAGCAAGUACGGCUAAUCAUAUGUAGUUUUGUUUCCACCACUGUAUUUAUUAAUCGUGCCGAAAUAAUGAAAUUUGGGAUUUUAUUUGCGGGUCUAAACUCCAUGUUGUAAUUGCCAGUUUGUGUCAGUUCAAACCGACUGAUAAGUGUGUUUAUACAGAUAUAUAGAAGUGAUGCUGAGAUCCUCUUGGCCAAAACUGCUGGUCUCCCUACCCAGAGUUCAUACCCAGCCCAGAAGAUGCCAGUCCAGCUCUGCAGGUCCAGCUGUAAUUCCAGACGUUGUCCACUCCAAUCACCGCUCUCGGCUUUUGGUGUCACGCCUCUUCCAGCCCUCCAAUCUUCGCGAGGGCAAGGACUUGGGGGUGGAAAGUCGGCCAGGGGAGAUGACAUGCAGGAGCCAGAAGCUGAUGCUGCAAGGUGGUCUUAUCCAGCCUUCAAAUCCUGGCUGCUUCUAUUAUCUCCCAGCCGCCGUGCGUGCUCUAGAGAAGCUGGUGAGGCUCAUAGAUGACGAGAUGCAUGCCAUUGGUGGGCAGAAGCUGGACAUGCCCAGCCUUUGUGCGGCGGAGCUGUGGCAGCGCAGCGAGAGGUGGGGCCUGAUGGGCAAGGAGCUCUUCCGUCUGCAGGACCGUCAUGGGGCACAGUUCUGCUUGGGGCCCACACAUGAGGAGGCGGUCACCGAGCUGGUGGCCUCGCAGGGCACCUUAUCCUAUAGACAGCUGCCUCUUCUACUAUACCAGGUGACAAGAAAAUUUCGAGAUGAACCCAAACCCAGAUUUGGGCUUUUGAGAGGUCGGGAGUUUUACAUGAAGGACAUGUAUUCCUUCGAUACAAGUGAAGAAGCUGCUCAUGAGACGUACAAAGCUGUGUGUCAGGCGUAUGACCGACUGUUUCGCCGCUUGGGGCUGCCCUAUGUCAUGGUGCAGGCUGACACCGGGAACAUAGGCGGGAAACUCUCACACGAGUUCCAGUUGCCAGCAGAUAUAGGCGAGGACAGGCUGGUGAUCUGUGGAAACUGUGACUUCUCGGCGAACCUUGAAACCAUAGAGCCCGGGCGUGCAGAUUGCCCCCGAUGCCAGAGUGCUACCCUAACGGAGUCGAAAGGCAUCGAAGUUGGACACACCUUUUAUCUUGGGACCAAGUAUUCCCACGUGUUCAACGCCACCUUCUACAAUGCGCAGAACAAGCCUGUGGUUCCUGAGAUGGGUUGUUUUGGGUUGGGGGUCACACGUAUCCUGGCAGCGGCCAUUGAGGUCCUCUCUUCCGACGAUGCUAUUAGGUGGCCGAGGCUGUUGGCCCCCUACCAGGUGUGUGUCUUGCCUCCUAAGAAAGGCAGCAAAACCGAGGAUUUGAGUGCCCUGGCAGAGGAGUUGUGUGAUGAUCUGGGGGCCUCGCUGAAAAGUCUGAAAGGGGAGGUGGUUUUGGAUGACCGGACACAGCUGACCAUUGGGAAGCGUCUGAAGGACGCCCAACGGCUUGGGUACCCCUACGUGGUUGUGGUCGGGCAGAGUGCCAUGGAGGAGCAGCCAAAGUUGGAGGUUCUCUGCCAGCACACUGGAGACACCAUGUUCCUCAGUAAGGAAGGCUUGAUGGACCUUCUGGGACGGGUAGAGACUGUCUGAAUUUUUACAAACAUUACUGUGUUACUUCUGUGCCUCUUUGGUUUUUAUAGAGGGAGAAAAUAAAUACUUUAAAACUUU